ACACCCACCACGGGAAGGUGGGCAGCAGAGGAAGAAGACGUGUUUCCGAGGACAAAAAAAGAAAAACAAUAAGAAGAUAGAUAGAUAGAUAGAUAGAUCAGAUGUAAAGGAGCGGUGUUGCAGUAGCCCCUUUACUUUCCCGAAUCCUCCCAAUUAUUUCCCCCUCUCUCGGUGUCUCUGUCCCUCUCUCGGCCUCUGUUGAAGUGAUCAGCACAACUGACUAAUAAGCUCGCCCCCUUUCGACUCAAAGCUGCAGCAGCGAUUCCAGUGUCGUUCGGUGCGCCUCCGCCUCUUGCGUCUCUGGAUCCGUCGCCAUAGUUUGUCCCUUCUGCCUACCGCACCGCGUGUGCUCGCUGAAUCCGCCUCUUUGAAACCCUAGAUUGGGUGGAGUGAUCGGCCAAAUUGAGGAGGAGGAGGAGGAAUAGAAGGGUGGGGAGGAGAGGGAAGGUGGGUGGGGUGCAUUAAUUAUGAGGGUGCCGUGCUGUUCCGUGUGCCACUCGCGGUAUGACGAGGAGGAGAGAGCCCCCCUCCUCCUCCACUGCGGCCACGGCUUCUGCAAGGCCUGCCUGUCCAAGAUGUUCGCUGCGUCCGCCGACACCUCCAUCUGCUGCCCCCGCUGCCGCCACCCGACCGUCGUCGGCAACAGCGUCCAGGCCCUACGCAAGAACUUUCCUAUACUCUCCCUGCUCGCCUCCUCCCCUUCCUCCCCGUCCUUCGAUUACGACUUCACCGAUGACGAUGAAGAUGAUGGCGGAGGAGGAGGCGACGGCGAGGAGGACAACGAGGAGGACUACUUUGGUUCCGGCGGUCGGUGCAGGAGGACCGGCUUCUCUUCCCAUCCCUCGGUGUCGGGUUGCUGCUCUGCCUCCGGCAGCAGGGCUGCCUCCACCUCCGCCAUCGAUCUUGGGUCUCACCAUGACCUCAAGCUGCUCAGGAGGCUCGGAGAGGGCCGGAGGGUGGGGUACGAAGUUUGGUCGGCCUUGCUGUCUAUGGGUUCCUCUUUCUCCUCGGGUCAAAAUGGUCGGAGGUGCCGGCACCAGGUGGCGGUGAAGCGGGUGGCAAUCACGGAGGACAUGGAUGUGGUGUGGUUGCAGAGCCGGCUGGAGAGCCUGCGCCAAGCCUCCAUGUGGUGCAGGAACGUGUGCGCAUUUCAUGGUGUGAAACGGAUGGAUGGACACCUUUGCCUCGUUAUGGACAAGUUCAACAGCUCCAUCCAGUCAGAGAUGCAGCAGAACAAAGGCCGUCUUACGUUGGAGCAGAUACUCAGGUAUGGGGCAGAUAUUGCCCGUGGUGUGGCUGAGCUCCAUGCAGCAGGUAUUGUUUGUAUGAAUUUAAAGCCAUCAAACCUUCUUUUGGAUGCAAGCUGCCGUGCGGUGGUCUCAGAUUAUGGGCUUCCGGCUAUUCUAAAAAGACCUACAUGCCGGAAAGCUCGAUCUGUUCCUGAGGAUUGCCCUUCAAGUUUGCAUUCAUGCAUGGACUGCACAAUGCUAAGUCCGCAUUACACAGCACCAGAGGCAUGGGAGCCAUUGAAGAAAUCACUAAAUAUAUUUUGGGACGACGCAAUUGGUAUAUCUCCAGAGUCAGAUGCUUGGAGUUUUGGAUGUACGCUUGUUGAAAUGUGUACUGGCUCUGUCCCAUGGGCUGGCCUAAGCGCAGAAGAGAUCUAUCGGGCUGUUGUAAAGGCACGGAAGUUGCCUCCUCAGUAUGCCAGCAUAGUGGGUGUCGGAAUUCCUAGAGAGCUUUGGAAGAUGAUUGGAGACUGUCUGCAGUUCAAGCCUUCAAAGAGACCAACUUUCCAUGCAAUGCUAGCAAUAUUUCUUAGGCAUUUGCAAGAAGUUCCUCGGAGUCCUCCUGCUAGUCCGGAUAAUGAUUUUGCAAAGGCUACUUCAACAAAUACCAUGGAACCUUCCCCGACAUCUGUUUUGGAGGUUUUCCAGGGUAAUCCAAAUGAUUUGCAUCAACUUAUAUCCGAGGGAAACUUUUCUGGUGUUAGUGAUCUGCUUGCCAAGGCUGCAUCAGAAAAGAACAACUCAGUUGGUUCUCUUUUAGAAGCACAGAAUGCAGAUGGACAUACUGCCCUGCAUUUAGCAUGUAAGCGGGGUUCUGUUGAGCUUGUGAAAACCAUUUUGGCAUUCAAAGAAGCUGACGUGGACAUCUUAGAUAGAGAUGGUGACCCUCCAAUCGUGUUUGCUUUGGCUGCUGGUUCUCCAGAAUGUGUCCGUGCUCUGAUUAGUAGAUCUGCAAAUGUUAGUUGUAGGCUGAAAGAGGGUCUUGGUCCAUCUUUAACCCAUGUUUGUGCUUUUCAUGGCCAACCCGAAUGCAUGCGGGAAUUACUUUUGGCAGGAGCUGAUCCAAAUGCAGUGGAUGAUGAGGGUGAAUCGGUUUUGCAUAGGGCCAUUGCAAAAAGAUUUACUGAUUGUGCUAUUGUCAUUUUGGAGAAUGGAGGCUGUAGAUCAAUGAGUAUUCUGAAUGCGCAGAGGAAAACACCUUUGCAUAUGUGCAUUGAGACAUGGAAUGUGGAGGUGGUGAAGAAAUGGGUUGAGGUGGCAUCACAAGAGGACAUAGAUGAAGCCAUAGACAUAUCAAGUCCCAAUGGAACAGCAUUGUGCAUGGCUGCAGCUCUUAAGAAAACUCGUGAAAAUGAGGGUCGGGAACUGGUUAGAAUAUUGCUCACUGCCGGUGCAGAUCCCACAGCCCAAGAUGAAAUGCACUUCCGGACAGCUUUGCAUACAGCAGCGAUGAUCAAUGAUGCAGAGUUAGUGAAGAUAAUUCUGGAAGCUGGGAUUGAUGUGAACAUAAGAAAUGCCCAAAAUACAAUACCCCUCCAUGUUGCACUAAAUAGAGGUGCAAAUUCAUGUGUUGGUUUGCUUCUAGCUGCUGGAGCAAACUGUAAUUUGCAGGAUGAUGAUGGUGACAAUGCCUUCCAUAUUGCAGCUGAUGCAGCAAAAAUGAUACGUGAAAAUCUCAACUGGAUUGUUGUAAUGCUGCAGUACCCAUCUCCCGAUGUUGAUGUGCGAAACCACAGGGGCUGGACAUUGCGUGAUUUUCUUGAGGGCCUGCCUCGAGAAUGGAUCUCCGAAGCAUUGGUGGAAGCACUCCUGGACAAAGGAGUUCAUCUCUCUCCAACCAUAUAUCAAGUUGGGGACUGGGUGAAAUUCAAAAGAAGUGUUGAGAAUCCAACAUAUGGUUGGCAGGGUGCAAAUCACAAAAGCAUUGGUUUUGUCCAGACUCUCCUGAAUAGUGACAGUUUGGUUGUAUCCUUCUGCACUGGAGAAGCACAUGUUUUGACAAACGAGGUUAUUAAGGUGAUUCCGUUAGACAGAGGACAGCAUGUGAAGCUAAAGCCUGAUGUUAAAGAACCAAGAUUUGGAUGGCGUGGUCAAUCACGAGAUAGCAUUGGGACUGUACUGUGUGUUGAUGAUGAUGGUAUCUUAAGGGUUGGUUUUCCUGGAGCAUCCAGGGGAUGGAGAGCUGAUCCUGCUGAAAUGGAAAGAGUUGAAGAAUUUAAGGUUGGUGACUGGGUCCGCGUUCGCCCCUCAUUAACAGCUUCUAUUCAUGGCAUGGAAGCUGUAACUCCUGGAAGCAUUGGGAUUGUGUAUUCCAUCAGACCUGAUAGUAGCCUUUUGCUAGGUCUUUGCUAUUUGGCUACUCCAUGGCACUGUGAACCUGAGGAAGUUGAACCUGUUGAACCUUUCAGGAUUGGUGACCAAGUAUGCGUAAAGAGAUCUGUUGCAGAGCCUAGAUAUGCUUGGGGUGGUGAGACACAUCAUAGUGUGGGAAAAAUAAUUGAGAUAGAGACUGAUGGUCUGCUCAUAAUUGAUAUUCCAAAUCGAUCAACCCAUUGGCAAGCUGAUCCUUCUGAUAUGGAAAGGGUCGAGAACUUUAAGGUUGGUGACUGGGUCAGAGUUAAAGCUUCAGUACCAUCUCCCAAGUAUGGAUGGGAAGAUGUCACACGAAACAGUAUUGGGAUAAUCCAUAGUCUAGAAGAUGAUGGCGAUAUGGGUGUUGCCUUGUGCUUCAGAAGUAAACCUUUCAGCUGCUCAGUGGCGGAUAUGGAGAAGGUGCAGCCCUUUGAAGUAGGAGAAAAGAUUCAUUUGAUGCCAUCCAUAUCUCAGCCACGACUAGGAUGGUCAAAUGAAACUGCAGCAACUGUUGGGGCAAUAACAAGAAUAGAUAUGGAUGGAACUUUGAACAUUAAGGUUGCUGGUAGAAGUAGCUUGUGGAAAGUUGCCCCAGGAGAUGCCGAGAGACUUACAGGCUUUGCAGUAGGAGAUUGGGUGCGUUUGAAGCCAAGUCUUGGUUCUAGACCCACCUAUGACUGGAACAGCAUUGGGAAAGAAAGUGUAGCUGUUGUUCAUAGCAUACAAGACUCUGGAUACUUGGAGUUGGCUGGGUGUUUCAGGAAGGGGAAAUGGAUUACUCAUUGCAUGGACGUUGAGAAAGUCCCAUGUCUGAAAAUAGGGAACUACGUCCGGUUUCGUGCUGUAAUUGUUGAACCAAGAUGGGGCUGGAGAGAUGCUCGGCCUGAUUCUAGAGGCAUCAUAACUGGUGUGCAUGCAGAUGGAGAAGUCAGGGUGUCCUUUUUUGGCAUUCCAGGGCUGUGGAAAGGAGACCCUGCAGACCUUGAGAAGGAGGAAGUGUAUGAGGUUGGUGAUUGGGUCAGGCUUAAAGAUGUAUCAGGUUGUUGGAAGUCCCUGAAACCUGGAAGCAUCGGUGUAGUGCAUGGAAUAGGGUAUGAACAAGAUAUGUGGGAUGGAACCGUUCAUGUUGCGUUUUGCGGCGAGCAGGAGAGGUGGGUGGGACCUGCUGCGCACCUUGAGGCGGUAGACAGGCUUGAUGUGGGGCAACGGGUGAAAAUAAAGAAAUGUGUGAAGCAGCCACGAUUUGGUUGGUCCACCCACAGCCAUGCUAGUAUUGGGACUAUAUCUUCUGUAGAUGCAGACGGGAAGCUAAGAAUAUAUACACCAGCAGGAUCUAAAGCUUGGAUGAUUGACCCAGCCGAGGUGGACAUAUUGGAGGAAGAGAAAGUGCAAGUUGGUGAUUGGGUCAAAGUGAGGGAAGCUAUUCUGACCCCAACAUACCAGUGGGGAGAUGUGACACAUGCCAGUAUAGGAGUGGUGCACAGGGCAGAGGAUGGGGAGUUGAGAAUUGCUUUCUGUUUCAGAGAGAGACUAUGGGUAUGCAAAGAGUGGGAGGUGGAAAAGGUGAGAGCAUUCAGAGUAGGUGACAGGAUAAGAAUAAAACCGGGUCUGGUGAUGCCAAGGUGGGGAUGGGGAAUGGAGACAUCUGCUAGCAAGGGUGAGAUCAUGGGCAUAGAUGCUAACGGGAAGCUGAGGAUCAGGUUCAAGUGGAGGGAUGGAAGAUUGUGGAUAGGGGAUCCAGCUGAUGUUGUUCUUGAUGACAUCUCAACCUAGUCCUGUGCUAUUGAUAACUGCUGCUUGUAGUAAGGGUUUCAGCAAUUCUUUCUCUUUAUUCUUUCCUCAUUCCACUUCUUUUGGCCUGCCGCCGGUAAAGUAUCUAAGCUAUUAUAAGUUGGAUCUCAAGCUGGUUAUAUGAGAUUGCAUAACAAGUGUCAGCUCUAGAGACAAAUUUCUUAAUGCAACCAGGACAUAAAGCAGCAUUUUCUUGGUGAGGAAUGUAGUAGUCAGUUUCUCCUCCUAGUUUGUAUCCAUAUUAACUAUGGACGUACUACUGUCAUUGUGUUAGUCUUUGAUGCUGGUGUACAGAUUCUCAUAUCUGACAGGUGCUUGAGAAAAUUGUUGUCGUCGUUGUUGCUCUUGAAAUGUCGAUGAUUUUUAGUUUCUACCA